CGCUGGGAGUGAACUCUAGGCUGCAGAGCUGGUAAGCGCGGCCCUCGAAGGAGGAAGCCUUUGCCCCGCCGCCCGCGAGGCAGCAGGGGGGCCACCGCCGAGGCGCCGGUCCCCGGAGGCCCCGCCGGCCACACGCUGAGAUGUGGAAUCCCCUGCACGAAACCGACUCGACCUUUGUCGCCUGGCGCCGCCCGCGCUGGCUGUGCGCUGGGGCCCUGGUGCUGGCCGCCUGCCUCUUCGUCCUCGGCUUCCUCUUCGGAUGGUUUAUAAAAUCCUCCAGUGGAGCUACUAACAUUCCACAGCAUAGUGUGAAGAAAGCAUUUUUGGAUGAGUUGAAAGCAGAGAACAUCAAGACGUUCUUGUAUAAUUUUACACGGAUACCACAUUUAGCUGGAACAGAACAAAACUUUCAGCUUGCAAAGCAAAUUCAGUCUCAGUGGAAAGAAUUUGGCCUGGAUUCUGUUGAGUUAGCCCAUUAUGAUGUCCUGUUGUCCUAUCCAAAUAAGACUCAUCCCAACUACAUCUCAAUAAUUGAUGAAGAUGGAAAUGAGAUUUUCAACACAUCAUUAUUUGAACCACCUCCUCCAGGAUAUGAAAAUGUUUCAGAUGUUGUUCCACCUUUUAGUGCCUUUUCUCCACGAGGAAUGCCAGAGGGUGACCUAGUCUAUGUUAACUACGCACGAACUGAAGACUUCUUUAAGCUAGAGCGGGACAUGAAAAUUAAUUGCUCUGGGAAGAUUCUGAUUGCCAGAUAUGGGAAAAUUUUCAGAGGAAAUAAGGUUAAAAAUGCCCAGCUGGCUGGGGCCAAAGGGAUCAUUUUGUACUCGGAUCCUGCUGAUUACUUUGCUCCCGGGGUGGAGUCCUAUCCAGCUGGUUGGAAUCUUCCUGGAGGUGGUGUUCAGCGUGGAAAUAUCUUAAAUCUUAAUGGUGCAGGGGACCCUCUCACACCUGGCUACCCAGCAAAUGAAUAUGCUUAUAGACGUGAAAUCACAGAGGCUGUCGGUCUUCCAAAUAUUCCUGUUCAUCCAAUUGGAUACUAUGAUGCACAGACGCUCCUAGGAAAAAUGGGUGGAUCAGCACCACCGGAUUACAGCUGGAAAGGAAGUCUCCAAGUGCCCUACAAUGUGGGACCUGGAUUUACUGGAAACUUCUCUACCCAAAAAGUCAAGAUGCACAUCCAUUCCAACAAUAAAGUGAAAAGAAUUUACAAUGUGAUUGGAACUCUCAGAGGGGCAGUGGAGCCAGACAGAUAUGUCAUUCUUGGAGGUCACCGUGACUCUUGGGUAUUUGGUGGCAUUGACCCUCAGAGUGGAGCAGCUGUUGUUCAUGAAAUUGUCAGGAGUUUUGGAAAGCUGAAAAAAGAAGGAUGGAGGCCUAGAAGAACAAUUUUGUUUGCAAGCUGGGAUGCAGAAGAAUUUGGUCUUCUUGGUUCCACUGAGUGGGCAGAGGAGAAUUCCAGACUUCUUCAAGUGCGUGGUGUGGCCUAUAUUAAUGCUGAUUCUUCUAUAGAAGGAAACUACACUCUGAGAGUUGAUUGUACCCCACUUAUGUACAGCUUGGUAUACAACCUAACAAAGGAGCUCCAAAGUCCUGAUGAAGGUUUUGAAGGCAAAUCCCUUUUUGAGAGCUGGAAUGAAAAAAGCCCUUCACCCGAAUUCAGUGGCUUGCCCAGGAUUAGCAAAUUAGGAUCUGGUAAUGAUUUUGAAGUGUUCUUCCAAAGACUUGGAAUUGCCUCAGGCAGAGCACGGUACACUAAAGAUUGGGCAACAAACAAAUUCAGCAGCUAUCCACUGUAUCACAGUGUCUAUGAAACAUAUGAAUUAGUGGAAAAGUUUUAUGAUCCAGCUUUUAAGUAUCACCUUGCUGUGGCCCAGGUUCGAGGAGGAAUCAUCUUCGAACUAGCCAAUUCCAUAGUGCUCCCUUUUGACUGUCGAGAUUAUGCUGUCGUUUUAAGAAAGUAUGCUGAUAAAAUCUACAAUAUUUCAAUGAAACAUCCACAAGAAAUGAAAACAUACAAUGUGUCAUUUGAAUCACUAUUUUCUGCAGUGAAGAAUUUUACAGAAAUUGCUUCUAACUUCAGUGAGAGACUCCAAGACUUGGACAAAAACAACCCAAUAUUAUUAAGAAUUAUGAAUGAUCAACUUAUGUUUUUGGAACGAGCAUUUAUUGAUCCUUUAGGAUUACCAGACAGGCCUUUUUAUAGACAUGUCAUCUAUGCUCCAAGCAGCCACAACAAGUAUAUGGGGGAGUCAUUCCCAGGGAUCUUCGAUGCUCUGUUUGAUAUUGAAAGCAAGGUGGAUCCUUCCAAGGCCUGGGAAGAAGUGAAGAGACACAUUUCUAUUGCAGCCUUCACUGUGCAGGCUGCAGCAGGGACUCUGAGAGAAGUAGCCUAAGAAGUUUCUUUGGGGAACACAUCGAAUUAGUAUGAUGUAUCACUCAGAAAGAAUCAUGUUGGAUGUACUGAUAAACUGAAAAAUAAAGUUGUGUACAUAUAUAUACAUAUAUAGA